AUGCCCUUUGCACGGUGUAGAUUCGGCGGUGCGCCUGGAGGCCGUGGACGCGGAUUCUCAGCAAAUGGGGGCGGCCACUCAGAUGGCAUACCGACAGGGCCGCGCGGCGCUACCGGACGUACGCAAGACUCGGGCUGGAACACAACGCCUUCCGGAGGGGGCAACGGAACAGCUUCGACGGGUGCGUGGGGCACCUCGUCGGGAGGAACAUCGUCUGGUGGGUGGGGCGCAUCGACGGGAGAAACAACACCUGGCGGAUGGGGUACAUCGACGGGGGAAACACCUGGUGGAUGGGGUACAUCAACGGCGGAAACACCUGGCGGAUGGGGUAAUGCACCUGGGGGAGCAUCACCAGGCGCAUCGGGUGUACCAUCGGGUGAUGGGGCAGCAGCACCAGGUGGAUGGGGAACAAACGACUGGGGGUCCAACACGGGCGCCGGCAACGGAGGCUGGGAUGAUAGGACUGGUAGUGGGCCUGCGGCCCCUGCACCGGUUCCCGCCGUGGCCAGAGCGCCCCCUAGGACUGAUACAUCUCAGACACCAUGGCCAGCCGUUGAACAGAACACGGCAGAAUCGUGGGGUUGGGCUUCGAAUACGGGUGGGGGAUCGACAUCAGAUGCAGGCGGUGCAUGGCCCGCCGGUGCGACCAGCAGCGGUCAUGGCGGGUGGAAUGACACCAGCCAGCCCGGCGCAAGUUGGGGCGUCACAGGCGAAGUCAGGGCUACUGAACCGCCGGAACCACCUGCCCCGAACCCGUUCUCGUUCAGCGAGGCCCCCCAAACCAACACUGGCAGCGGCUCUCGUUCUCGCACCGUAUCCGUCUCUGGGGCAAGUAGCGUCACUGCACGGGAUGAACCGAGGACAGGUCCCGUCGUCACCAGCAAUGCCGUGCACGCUAGGUCCCCCAGUCAGGACGACCGAGGGCUUAACGGUCCCUUUGCUGCGCUGCUUGGUUCGUCGGCAGCAGCCCGAAGGACGUCCUAUGCCUUCGACGACCCUACAAUAAGCCCUUCAGAGCCAACGUAUCUCGCGCAAGGUGACGCUGACCCGGACGAACCUGGUUCUGAUGAACAAGCUCUGUCGUGGAAGUCGUUCGUCACGUAUAUCUACAAGGCGGUCCAGUACCUGCAGGACAUCACCGAAGCAAACGCCGCGGGCGACAGAGUCAGGCGGCUGUUGAGGUCGCGGCGGCUGCAGGACGCGAGCGAGGCCGCACGUUCGCCGCUCGAGAAGGCGUACAGCGAACACAAGAAGUCGGCGCAGAAGCUCGAGAAGCGCCUCGAAGAUGUUCUCACCAAGCUAGAGAGGUAUCCGCUCGAUGCGUGCUGGAACGGGUCUGCAGACAACAGCGGUGAUCUCGACGCGCUCAAGGAGUAUGCGAAGGAUCUGAAGGAUUACAUGGCCGUCAUGAAUGAGCAAAUGCAAGGUAUUCGUAGACUGCCCGCUGAACCCGUAGCCGACAACCAGCCCCCUCUCUCUGAAGGAAAUGAGUCCGACUUCUCGGCAAGCCUGACCAAAGUCGAGAGCCGCAUAGAUGACCUGCAGACCUACCUCCAGGAACUCGUGACCCAUUCGAUGCCGACUUCAGUCCAACUCGCCGUCGAGGAGGCAGCCGCCCGGAGCCGAGCCGAACUGGAGCAGCGCACGGCGGCAGCAGAGGCUGCUAUCGCCCACGCGAUGGAGCAGAAAUACGUCGAGAUGAAAGAGGAGAUCGGUCUCGCGCUCGACACGCUGGAUAAGUUGCGUGAAGACGUGCGGUAUAUCAAGGAGCGCGACUCCAAGUGGUGGCAGGAGGCGUAUAAGCUCAACGCGGAGCACGAGGACCUGUCUUCGCGUCUGACAAGGCUCGAGCACGAGAGGCAAGACGCGCUCGCCACGCAGAACGCGAACACGCGCGCCAUCAGCGACCUCGAGGCCGCGUUCAGGCGCUUCUCGAUCCACCAGCCGACGCCGCCCCCGCCCCCGCCGCCGACGACCGACGAGCUCUGCGCGCGGCUGGCCGAGCUCAUGUGGCCGAGGUACGAGCAAGAGGUUAUGGCGGCCGUGUCCGCGGUGCAGGACAGCGCGCUCAACCACGCGCGGAAGCAGGAGGAACUGCUCUACUCGAAGGUAUACGAGCAGCUGCAGCCGAGCUUGCGCGUCCUCACGAAUCUCAAUGAGUUCAUCGAGGCGCAGCGCUCGCGCGCGGUGGACCCGUCGCCUGCGCUUGCGCAGCUCUUGCAGCAGGCGACGUCGUGA